AUGAGUUUGGACGAAACCCUAGCGGUCACCACCGCCCAAGAAGACGAAGAGUACUUGUUCGCUUUCAAACAAAACAUGAUCUCGUGCUUUCCCCUGGUCCUGAAGGCCACCAUCGAGCUCGGCAUCCUCAAGCUCUUGUUUGAGAGCUCUGCUCAGCUCUCGCCCACCCAGAUUGCGUCCCGCCUCUCCAUCAAGAACCCCGAUGCCGGUGGCACCAUCGACCGCAUCCUGCGUUUGCUCGCCAGCUUCUCUUUCCUCUCGUGCACCCUCACGCAGGACAAAGCCGGGCGGCCUGAGAGGAUGUUUUACUUAAAAGAUGCAGUGAUUCAGGGAGAAGGCGACCCUUUCAAGCUCGUGAACGACGCGACCCUCUUCGACUACACCGGGACAGACCCGAGGUACAACAACCACUUCAACAAUUCCAUGAAGUGUUUGGAGCAUGUAGGAGGGAGCUUUGUGGAUGAUCCCAUCCCAAAAGGAGACAUCCUCUUGGCGAAGUGGCAAUUCCAUAGUUUCACAGACGAGUUCGUCAUACAGCUCCUGAAGAAAUGUUGGAACGCGUUGCCGGCAUCGGGCAAGGUGGUGAUCAUAGACCCAGUCAGCCCGGAAUACCCAGGGACGGACCUAGUGACCCGGGCCACCUUCACUUCCGACAUGGUCAUGCUGGCCUUGCCUCCUGGAGGGAAAGAUCGGACGCUGAGGGAAGUCGAGGUCGUGGCCCGCGCGGCCGGGUUCAGCUCUCCGAAAGUGGGCUGCCAGGUCCUCAACAUGUGGGCGCUCGAGCUAUAUAAAACCGCCUAA